AUGGCAUCCAUCGAGAACAACUUUCGGUCUCUAAGCAGACUAGCAGCUGAAUGCCAACGACAAGUGGAGCGACUCUACCACGUUGACUCCAUCACAGUGCAGAAAGAAGUUGCUGAGCUUAUCCGAUCCAGCAUUCGUUGUUUGGCCACAGAUAUCGAGGUGGUAAAGCAAUUAGCAGAGGAGCAAGAUACGGAAUCGUCUAAAAUGAAUAUCCUGAAUCGACUUGGCGAAUACGAAAACCAAUUAAAACAACUGCAAGUGAGUUCACGUCAAGCUAUUUUGAGGGCAAAAAAGAGAAUAGAUGAGGAAGAAAAAAGAAACCGGGAGGAGCUAUUUGGCAUUGGAAGCAAGAGACUGAACGGCAAGAGUUUCACAGAACAGUACGAAUUGAAGCAGAAGGGUUUACAGAGAGGUCAACAUGAUGAAGCUGUUCUACGUGCAUCUUCAGAUGUCACCGAAGCACUAAAGAGAACUAGCACACUCAUGCAACAAGAAUUGGAGAAGAGUACAUUUUCAGCUAGUAUGCUUGCCGAGUCUUCAAAGACCCUCACAUCAACGUACACGGAAUAUCAAAAUCUGGGAUCUCUUAUCCAUAUUUCUAAAAGAGUGAUUACUCAGCUUGAAGCCUCAGAUUGGUUUGAUCGGCUCUUGCUCUUAUUUGGCGUAUUGUUGUUUAGCUCAGUUGUGCUGUAUAUCAUAAAGAAACGCACAUGGGAUGUUGGCAUUUCGUGGGUAUCUUGGUUAAGUCAGACCAAAAAGAGCAAGGAGACAUUAACAACGACCAUUGUCACUGUGAUUGCACAAUCCACAGCAACCGCCAUAGCAACCACCACAUCCAACACUACUCCUAGCACCACUGCUGCUACUACCCUUCUUGAUUCACUGAUUGAAACUGCCUCCCCGGCAAUUGCGGGUAUAGUAAUCAAAGACGAACUUUGA